UGUAUAAAAUAGUAUAGAAAUACAGAGAAGAGUUUUCAGACUAAAAAUAUCUUCUUCACUUCAGUUGCUUUUAAUUAAUUUCACCAAAAUAAAUUGUUGAAAGAAAGAAAGAUAACUAAUAACUAUGGCAGAUGCAAGUUUGAUAAAUGAAGAUGCUAAAAACGCAGUGUCGUUUAAGCUUUCCAGUACUGGUCGUUCAAUUCCAGCCGUUGGAUUUGGUACUUGCAAAUCAACCACAAACUCUGUCUUCACCGCCAUCGUUGAGGGUGGUUACAGACACAUAGAUACAGCUGCACAAUAUGGAGUUCAAGAAGAGGUUGGGCGUGCUUUGCAAUCAGCCAUGGAAGCAGGGGUUGAAAGAAGGGCUAUGUUUGUCACCUCCAAGAUAUGGUGCUCAGACUUGUCCCCUGAUAGGGUUAGAGCAGCACUAAACAACACCCUUCGAGAUCUCCAAAUUGACUGCCUUGAUCUUUAUUUGAUACAUUGGCCUUUUGUGGUAAAAAAAGGAGCAAGUAUGCCUCCCAAGGGUGGAGAAGUAAUGGAGUUAGAGAUGGAAGGAGUAUGGAAAGAGAUGGAGAAGCUUGUGGAAGAGAACCUUGUUAGACACAUUGGCAUUUCUAACUUCACUCUCAACAAACUCAAUACUCUUCUCUCCUUUGCUCAAAUAAAGCCUUCACUCUCUCAGAUGGAAAUGCAUCCAGGUUGGAGAAAUGACAAAAUGCUCGAAGCUUGCAAAAAUAAUGGUAUUCAUGUCACUGCUUACUCAGCAUUGGGGUCAGAAAAUGAUCCAACGGUGGAGAGGGUAGCAAAGAAGCUGAACAAAAGCCCAGCCCAAAUACUUGCGAAAUGGGCCCUUCAAAGAGGAACAAGUGUAAUAAUCCCAAACUCAGAUACAAACACAAUCAAAGAAAACAUUCAACUCUUUGGCUGGGAAAUCCCUAACCAAGACUUUCAAGCUCUUUCAACUCUAUCUCAUCAGAAACGAGUAGUAGAUGGUGAGGAUUUAUUUGUGAACAAGGAAGAAGGCCCAAUCACGAGUGUAGCUCAAGUGUGGGACCAUGAGGACUAAUCUAAUCUCAUAUUCUCAUCUUUGGUUGGUUUUAAUUUAGAUAAAACAAAAAACAAUAUUAUUAAUCCAUAACAUUAAAUUUCCUAUUUUAGUUUCCAAAACUCUACAAUUAAACUAUUAUAUAUGAUAAGCUAUGUUUUCUAGUGCAUACUUUCAAUUUCGAAA